AUGACCUCCCCGCCUCUCCCGCUCCCCUCCCUGCCCCCGAGUCCAUUGGCCAUGGAGUACCUCAACGAUUUCGACCUGCUCAAGUUUGAGGUUAAGCCAGACACCCCUCCGCUGCUGGCCCCCUGUUCAUUCCCCAAAUCUGGCCCCCAUAACCCCUCUAGCCCCUCCUACCUCAGUCAGGCCACCCAGGACUCCAGCGUGAGCUCCACCCCCUACAACUCGCUGCCCCCCUCCCCAACGCUUAGUGACACCCAGCCCCCUCCCUCCUCCUCCUCCUCUUCCUCUACCCUUUCUCUCUCCUCUUCCUGCUCAUCCCUCUCUAUCCCUCUCACCAUCCCUAGUGGCUACCCUUCUAGCCUGAGCUCUGGUUCCCAUGGCAACCCCAACAGUAGCCCCGCCCCCAAUGCUGACCCCGCCCCUGGCCCCACCCACGGCCCCACCCCUGCCUCUCUGGAGGACCUGAUCUGGCUGGCAGCAUUGCAGCAGCAGUUUGGAGGGGGGGAGGGCGGGGCGGGGCAGGUGUCGGUGCUGGGGUCACUGGGCGGGGCCGGGGGCGGAGUCGGAGAGAGAGACCGGGGCCCUGCAGGGACCUUCCUGGGGUGCGAGGACGCUGUGGAGGCACUGCUCAAUUCUGCAGCUGCCGCAGUCAGCUCACAGUUCCCCAUGUUGGCUCAGAGCUCCAGUGCUAGCCUCCAGGACUCCGGCAGCGACAGCGGAGGUGACUCCUGCUCUAAAACCUCAGACCCCUGCCACCGCCCGCCCCUCCUCUUCCUCCCUCCUGGCACCGCCCCCUCCCUCCCCUCCAACACCCCGGGCUCUGCCCCUUACCCACAACCCCCAAGCCCCCACAGCCGACUGCACCACCAUCACCACCAUCACCACCCCCACCUGCCCCUGCAUGGCCAUCAUCAUCAUCAUCACCAUCAUCAUCAUCUCCAGCUCAACCAGUGCGGGCUGGAGGAGCGGUUCUCGGACGAGCAGCUGGUCAGCCUGUCGGUGCGGGAGCUGAACCGCCACCUCCGCGGCGUGAGCAAGGACGAGGUGGUGCGGCUGAAGCAGAAGCGGCGCACGCUGAAGAACCGCGGCUACGCCCAGUCCUGCCGCUACAAGCGGCUGCAGCACCGCCACGCGCUGGAGUCCGAGAAGCACGUCCUCACCCAGCAGCUGGAGCAGCUGCAGUGUGAGUUCGCUCGGGUUCUGAGGGAGAGGGACACCUACAAGGCUCGCUACGAGAAGCUCGCCGGCUCCAACGAGGCUCCGCCCCCACACGCCAGCCGCGCCGCCUCGCCGCCAGACUACUUCCUGUGAGGGACGCCCGACACCAGACUACUUCCUGUGAGGGACGCCCAACACAGGGCGGGGAGAGAGAGGGAGAGAGGGAGAGAGAGUGAGAGAGAAAGAGAGAGAGAGAGCUAAAGAGAGAGACAGUGAGAGACUGACAACUGAAAUCAUCCUAAAAUCACAGACUCUGUCGGACUCUGGAGUGGGGAACUGAGGGUGUGAUUGUGAAUUCAGCUUCAGGGGUUUGUUCUUAGACUGUUAGCCUGUUAGAACUCGGGGUGAUGAUUAACCAUCGCUCCCAAAUCACUUCCUUUGUUUCUAAUGUAUGAAUCAGGUGAGAAUGAGGAGAGGAGCACCUAUUGCUGGAAUAGAUGUCACUGUGAAGUUUAUCAGGGCCAGUUUUCGGGUGUCGGGGGGAGAUCUGCGGAGGACGGGAUGGGGUCGGUCGCGAUUGUGCGAUCGGUGCACCGGAUUCUUCACCACCGGUGACUUUGCCUGAGGCAAAUCUCGCGGAAGCAGACUGAACGAGGGCGGGGGCGACCGACACUAACGCGGCACUGCCUUCGCGGCACCCCCAGAAUGGAACCCCUGUUUCCGACGACUACGCAGACACGCUGGCCUCUUUACGCACCGCCUCUACCUCUGGAGAAGGACAAGACGCGCCCGUGCACACGGACGCACUGCAGGCCCGGUGUGUUAGAACUGGAGAGUGCGUCUGUGGGGCGUGCUAGUAACCCAAAUCCACAACGUUUGAGUGUUCUACCCUCCCUGAGCCAAAGA